CAUUGGGCGCCGACGUCAGCAGGCGGCGGCAGCGCGAGGCAGAACAGCUGCUGCUGCUGCACGAGCCUCCUGUCACCGACCUCAAAGCCGUUCAUCGAUCGAUCAGCUGAUCGGGGGGUGAGCGAGACACCGGGUUACCAUGACGACCGCCGUCUGGAUGUGACGUCACCCAUCAAUAAUCCAUAACUCGUCGUCAUGUCGUCCUACUUUUGUCCUCGCUGUGGAGACCAGCGUCUCUUCUCGUCCAUACCUGAGCUCCGGUCACACCUGGUCAGCCGACACACCUACGAGACGCUGCUGCUGCUCUCACAGGCUCGUGUCCGGAGCUCCAGACCCGGUGCUCUGCUGCCCCUCCCCGCCCCCACCAUGUCCCAGAAUCAGAGCUCCUCUCGGGGCACGGAGCCCCUCAGCUUCCCCCUCCCUCUGGCCUGUCUGGACCUGGCUCCGUCGUCGGCCUCCGUCCGGCUGCUCAGGGAGAUGUUCGGCUCCUCGGACCGCUGGCCUCCAGAGGACCCCUCCACUGCUCUGGCCCUGCCCGGGCCUCGGGAAUCCUUUCCUGGGGAGCAUCUGGGCGAGGCAGGGGUCCCUCUGGGGCUACCGGUGGGCAUCGGGCUGGAGGAGCGGCUGGGGCUGGGUCUUGACCGGAGGAUCGCCCGGACGUUCGCCGAGGUGGAAGAGAGGGUGAACCGCCGCGUGGGCCGGCUGAGGGCGGAGCUACAGAGGAGGGAGGUGGAGCUACAGCGGGAGAGGCGGGACGGUGAGCGGCUGAGGGGAGAGAAGCUGGAGGUGGAGGAGAAGGCAGCGUACCUGUCCAGACAGGUCUCUGCUGCCAUGGAGAUGAUGGAGCGACUGAAGAAAGAGCUGGAAGGAAAAGAGGAAGAGCUGAACGAGCAGCACAGGGAGAUGGUCGACAUCGAGUGUUUUCUGAGGGAGACGGCAGAGAAGGAGGCCGAAGCCAAGUCCAGACUUCAGGUUUUCAUCGAGACGCUGUUGGAUCGAGCCGACCGAGCCGAGAGACAACUGCUGCUGCUGGGUUCUCAUCAGAACCACUUCAGAGACCAAUACAUCGACCCGUACCACCUGGCCCAGGUGUACCCACCCACCGCCGGACGAGGAGGUCGCAGUCUGGACAGCAGCACUGAUGACAUCAUCACCACCAAGACGCAGGGGACCAUGGGAAAUCGGAGGAGCUACAGCGUCUCCGGGUCCUACCGGCUGGGGGACCACCUGGACUACAGUGGUCUGACUAGCCGGAUGAGGACCUCGUCUCUGGGCUCGGGGGGGUGGGACUGUGAGGGCGGGUCGGUCCGCCUCCAUCUGCCCCACUACGCUCCAUCCUGGACCAGACCAGAACUAGGAGGGAGGACGGAACGGUUCUGGGCUGGGGAGGGAGGAUGGGAGAGAACGUGGAACAGAAGAAACCUUCGUCACCACAGCACCGAGGAGGAGGAUGAGGAGGAGGAUGAGGAGGAGGAAGGUUUGUGGAGCAGUGCUGAGAUGAGGAGGCUCAUCGUCGCCAGGACAAACACACCUGGGUCAGAUGUCCCCUCCUCCCUGCACUCCACCCCCUCCAAUCGCCGUGGCAACAGGCAUCUGGGGGCGGACAGCCUGAGGCUGAGGGCAGGGCUUUUGUGCGUCUUCCCUUAUUUGGAUGUGCACUCGUUGCUGUGUGCGGCCGAGGUGUGCUCUGAUUGGCGGUUCGUCGCCAGGCACCCGGCGGUUUGGACACGCCUCCGGCUGGAGAACGCCAAAGUAUCGAACAAGUUCCUGACCACCCUGUCUCAGUGGUGCACUCAGACUCAGUCUAUGAUCCUCGACAACCUGAAGCCUCGAAGCCGACGAGUCGAUGAGACUCGAGAUGAUUACCAUAGAAACACACGAGGUAGUAUGGAGUCGGGGGUGGAGGCUCUGCUGAGGUCAGCAGGGGGCAGUCUGCUCCACCUGUCCAUCUCUCAGUGUCCUCACAUCCUGACUGACAGGACGCUGUGGUUGGCCAGCUGCUACUGCAGGAACCUGACUACGCUCACGUACAGGAGUUCUUCAGACCCUCUCGGUCAGGAGGUUCUCUGGGCCCUGGGUGCCGGCUGUAGGAGCAUCAGCAGCCUGCAGGUGGCGCCAGCUCACCCCUGCCAACAGGCGACUCGUUUUGGGAACCGCUGCUUGCAGACGAUUGGUCGAUGUUGGCCACACCUCCGCUCGCUCAGUGUGGGCGGGGCCGGUUGUGGGACUCAGGGAUUAGUUACUGUUGUGCGUAACUGCCCUCACCUGCAGCUGUUGGAGCUGGAGCGUAUUACCGACCUCGGCCUGCAGGCGGCGACAGAGCUGAGCAGAGCUGGACUGAAGGAGCUCCAGACUUUGAUCCUGACCCACACUCCAGUCAGCGGCCAGGCCCUGCUGCACCUCCACAGUGUGUGCGACAACAUCAGGUCCAUCGUGGUCGAGGUGUCACCAUCGGAUUAUUUUGAAGAUCCAGACUCUCAGGAAGCUCAGCACCUGUUUGGAGAGAUCAUCAGCACGCUCCAGGUUCUUCAAAAGCGUCCUGGACUGAGCGACGUCCUGCAGGUCAAAGCUGAAGGAUUCUUCUGAAGUCUUCCAGAGGUCCAUCCUGAAUCCUCCGACUACGAUCCUGAAUCCUCUAACUACGAUCCUGAAUCCUUCGACUACGAUCCUGAAUCCUCGGACUACCAUCCUGACUCUUGAACCCUGAAGCACAAUCCCCAUUUUUCUACUUUAGUCUUUGCAGAAACAAAAAUCCUUUUCACAACCCUAGAAACUUCCCUUCUCACUCUAUUUUUACAAGAACUUGAACCUGAAUAAUUCCAGAUCUCCUCUAAGAAACUUUAUUCACAGCUUUACCUUCACCUUCUUGAACCUCGAGCUUCCUAGUCCAAGAGAAUCCUUGUCCUGAAGAAGCCAUAGUUCCUGUAGAGAAGAUAGAAGACCCUGAAAACUGAGUCAACCCUUUAGUUUGAAUCAAUCCUUUAGUUUGAACCCAUCCUUUAGUUUGAAUCAAACCUUUAGAUUGAAUCAAAUCUUUAGUUUGAAUCAAUCCUUUAGUUUUACCUCAUAAAAAGCACAACCUUCGUAUGCACAAAGACUUCUUGCACAAGUAAGAAAGAACUUCUGCACCAAAGACGUCAAACGGAGUCGAGAUGUUUUGAUGAGAAAUCUGUUUCAACGUCAAUAAACCACUUUUCUCAUCAUGUCUGAA